AUGGAGUCCAGCAUGUACAACAACCUACGGAAGCUCAUCACCGUGAUCGACGAGCUGAGAGACAUCGGUCUGCAAAAAUAUAUCAACCUACCGCGCAUAUGUGUCGUGGGUACACAGAGCAGUGGCAAGAGCAGUGUACUAGAAUCGAUCGUGGGGCUGGACUUCCUCCCCAGAGGUGAAGGAAUAGUCACCAGGAGGCCCAUAGAAUUUAGACUCAUACACAUAAAGGAAGAUAGCGAAAUUAAGCACUGGGCCAUAUUUGAGGAUGAUAAGAAUAAGAAGUUCACUGAUUUUAAUGAAGUCAGGGAACACAUAAACAACUUAACGGAUGAAUUAGCUGGAAAAAACAAAGGAAUUAUAGACGAGCCAAUUGUACUGAAUAUUUACUCGACAAGCUGUCCUGACUUAUCACUGAUAGACCUUCCAGGGAUCACAAGAGUGCCUCUUAAAAAUUCCGAUCAGACAGAUGACAUAGAAAGGCUAACAAGAGAAAUGGCCUUCCGAUAUGUGAAAGACCCCAGGACAAUUAUCCUAGCCGUCUUGCCAGCCAAUGCAGAUAUGUCAACAAGUGAUGCUCUGCAAAUAGCGAGAAAAGUAGAUCCAAAAGGCUUGAGGACAAUAGGGGUAAUUACAAAAAUUGAUUUAAUGGACAAAGGAUCCGAUGCAAGUAAAAUGUUAAUGAAUGAUGAGAUAACUCUAAGGUUAGGCUACACAGGAGUGGUCAACCGAUCCACAGCAGAUAUUAAAAAUGGAAAAUCAAUAGCUGAAUCGUUAAAAGACGAAUUACGAUUCUUUCAAACUCACCCAGUGUACAGAAAGUUACCUCCAACACUGUACGGCACGACAUCACUGACAGAUAAGUUAACCAAAGUGCUCCUUCGACAUAUUAAGAACUUCCUCCCUGAAAUUAAGGUCGAAAUAAAUGACCGAAUCAGACUCAUUAAUGAUAAGCUGUACGAGCUCGGCACGAACGUACCUUUGGAUGCAACGAAGAAGACACAGCUCCUAUGGUCAAUGAUUACCGAUUAUUGUGAAAUAUUUAAAAAUACAUUAAAAGGGAAAUAUGACAAGAGGUUACAAGUCUUCAUAGAAAAUAAUGACAUCAUUUGUGGACUCAAAGUGAGAAGCAUUUUUAAUGAAUUCCUAGACGAGUACGUAGGUAAAAAUGUAACGAGCGAACUCAGUGAUAACGAUAUCGAUGAUGCGAUUUGUUUACAUGAAGGGGAUAGCUUGCCAGGCUUCCCUUCCCCAGAUACAUUUGAGUUUCUAAUCCUACCACAUUUGAAAAAAAUCAACGCACCAGUGUUUAACUGUCUCGAUAAAGUUAGUCAGACUUUAGAAAUACUGUCCCAAAAAAUUGCCAAUCGGGUACUAACCAGAUUUCCUAAACUAUCCGAGCAAGUGCUGGACUUGUCUCAAACAAUCCUCCUCAGGGAAAAAGAAAACACACAUAAUAUACUCGAAAAUUUUAUCGAUGCAGAAACGAAUUAUCUCUUUACCAACGAUUCUUCUUACCUAAUUGAACACGGAAGUAUCAUUAAUGCAAAUGAAGAUGAUCAGAACAAUGAAAAUGCAAAUCAAGAUUUUAACUCUCAUCAGAGAUCGCAAAACAAAAGACAACAAUCCAAUAUUUCCAACUCCAAUUUAGAUAAUAAUAACAUGCAGAGUAAGUACUACGCCAAUAUGAUGAGCGAACAGGAGUAUAUCACCGGCAAGGCCGCCAAAUUUGUCAACACAGCUCAGAAAUCCGUUAUGAAUAUGUGGAACGCAAAAGAAAAAAAAAAAACCAGAUAUAAUGCUCAGUUUAUUCAAGAAAUCAGAAGAAGGUUAGAUUGCUACUUUAAUAUUGUCUUACGGAAUGUCAGAGAUAGUGUGCCUAAAAUUAUCGGCUACUUCCUCAUUAGGAAACUUCAGGAAAAAAUGCAAUUCGAGCUCUACUCAGAUUUAAAUAGCGAACAGAAACUGUACGAUUUGUUAAAUGAACCUCCUCAUGUUGUCAAAGAAAGGGAACACCUCAAUAGACAGCUGGAUAUUCUCAAAAAAGCCAAUCAAGUUCUCCUCAAAGAUCCCAAUAUCACCUCCAUCAAUUUGGACCUCUUCGACGCCAACUAUGAACAAGACCUGAUCGAAUUCCAGAAGAGCUUAAAAACUGGAAGCGCACAAUCUGCCACCCAGACGUACAAGCAAACCGUCAACUCCUCGCAGGGCAGCAUGCACAGCCUGGGCGACGGACCCUCCAUCAGCAAGCGCAACCCAAUGAUGCAAAACCGAAGCGCCUCGCCCACCUCCAUGAACUCAAAUAUGAUGAAACCCAGCAGCAUGAUAAAUCAGAAGAUGCCCUCCUCGACCUACAUGCAGCAGAAUCUGCUCAACGGUAACUGCGCCAGGGUCCAAACGUACCACCCCACCCUAUUUGCACCAAAAUGA